CUUGAUCGUGGCCACGUGAAUCGUCUUCUGAUGUCAACUUAUGACUCUAGCAUCUGCUCACAUUUUAGACUGUACUCCAUCAUAGACACCGCGGUGACGCCUGCGCUCUCACCAAAGCACCCCGCUUCGCCUUCAACCUUCAAUACCAACGAUGGCUACCCUUAUCAAGUACGCACCGUUCAUGAGCGAUGUUGACAUGCAGUUUUACGCGGCCCUCGCACAUAUCAAGAUCAACCAUGACAAGCUCGACGACUCCGCGCGUAAAGUGCUCGGAUUGUAUGAAGUACGGCCUGGAGACCACCCUUCGCGGUCCAUGCGCGCUCAAAUAUACCCAAAUGCGCUCACUUCGGAUGAGACUCCACCAAAUUACUACCGCGCUGAAGGCAUCAUAAAGAAUUGCAACACCAUAGAAGACUACAAGAACCUCGACCGCGCAGCUGUGCUUGAGAGAUGCGCGCAAACGAUCUGGGAAGCAAUCCAUGACGGCUCGAUAUACGAAUGCCCCUCUCUCCUCUCCUCCUUUACAACCAUCAUCUUUGCAAAUCUGAAGAAGUACAAAUUCACAUACCACUUUGGUUUCCCAGCCAUACAGUCAGACCCACAGUGGAAGCGAGUAGGUGAAGCGACUCGAUUUGAUGCCCGGGAAACGACGUAUCUGGUAGAUGCGGUGCAGACGUGGAAAUAUAGUUCAGAUGCCCGCCAAAGAGGCUUUUUCCUCGCGAAACGCGUUCGAGGAACUGCCACAGAUGAUGUACCGAAGACGCCUGUGUCGCCUCUGGAAGAGUUUGGAUACCAGUGGGUGAUUGGGAGGCUCGGCAAAUUUGAAAAGGGUUUCUUCGAUGGCGUAGACAAGGAAGAUCGGUUCAUCUCAUUUGCAGAUCCGUCAACAUAUGCGGACAACCCCGGAUGGCCACUGAGGAAUCUACUUGUUCUCAUGCGGCAACGAUGGCAUCUAAGUGAGGCUCAAAUCUUGUGUUAUCGCGAUACUCAUACGCGGCGAGACCAACCAAAUUCAUUGAUCUUGCAAAUCCAGUCGGAUCCUGGCCCACCUGCUUCAACCGCGACCUCUGGAGAACUUUCUGCCCGUCCACGGACACCGAAGUUGCCCAAGGUGACAGGCUGGGAGAGAACAGAAAGUGGCAAGCUCACGUCUCGAAACGUCGACCUUUCUGAAUACAUGGAUGAGCGCAAACUGGCCGACCAAGCUGUAGACCUCAACCUCAAGCUUAUCAAGUGGCGCAUAGCACCCAACAUCGACUUGGACGUGAUUAAGAACACCAAAUGCCUGUUGCUAGGAGCGGGAACACUAGGCUCUUACGUCUCAAGGACGUUGAUGGGCUGGGGCGUCAGGAAAAUCACCUUCGUCGACAACGCAACUGUCAGUUUCUCGAAUCCAGUACGACAGCCUCUGUUCGACUUCAAGGACUGCUUGAAAGGAGGAGUCCUGAAGGCGGAACGCGCUGCCGAGGCGUUGGAAGAGAUCUAUCCAGGUGUCGACGCUGCAGGUCAUGUCAUGGAGGUGCCGAUGGCCGGGCAUCCAAUUACUGACGCAGCGAAGACGAAAGCCAAUUUUGAGAAGUUGGAGCAACUUAUCGAUCAACACGAUGUCAUCUUUCUUCUCAUGGACACAAGGGAAAGCAGAUGGCUGCCGACCGUCAUGGGAAAGGCGAAGGGGAAGAUUGUGCUUAACGCUGCGCUUGGCUUCGACACAUUCGUCGUGAUGCGACACGGCUUGAGGACCACGCAAGAGGGUGAGGUAGAGCUGGGUUGCUACUUUUGCAACGAUGUGGUAGCGCCAGCAGACUCUCUCAGCAACGCAACUCUCGACCAACAAUGCACGGUGACUCGUCCUGGCAUUGCGCCUCUGGCAUCGAGUCUCCUCGUCGAACUUCUCGUCAGCAUCCUCCAACACCCUUCUAAAUCUCGUGCCCCACCGCCGUCCCACACUCAGAAACCCACUUCCUCCAAACCAUCCUCAUCUCACCCCGCUCUCCCGCCUCCAUUCGAACAUCCACUCGGCACAAUCCCGCACACAAUUCGCGGUUACCUUUCUACUUUUUCCAACCUCCAAGUCGAAGGCCAGCCCUACGACUGCUGCUCCGCAUGUAGUGACACCGUCAUUCAAUGCUACGAGAAAGACCCAUGGGGGUUUGUGCAGAAGGCCCUGAACGAGAAGGGAUGGGUAGAAGAGAUGUCGGGGCUGGCGGAGGUGCAGAGACGUGCGGAUGAGGCAAGUAAGGAUGUGGAGUGGGAUUCAGAGGACGAAGGUGGGCUGGAAGACGAGGGUGAGAUCUUGUAGAGUAUUUUUCUGGUCAUGGCGUUUGGAGUUUGAGCAUUGCAUUAGAUACACUUCGCUGGUAGUGGGCGUCGAUUCCCGAUAUAUUCUUACGUAGAACUCUUUACUUCCACCAUAUUGCAUUCAAGAAUGACGCCGGAAGCCGACGUCAUAGAGUGGGCAGUUAUUCAAGCUCUCUGGUACGAACUGUCUACUGAGUUCUGGAUUCCCUUC